AUCAGUAAUGGCGAAGGAAGCCGAACUUUAACAUGUCAGCAAAACAACACCGAGGGGGAGUGAACUUUUGUUCAGCAGUCAUAUUUUGAAGAAACAUUAACCUUACAAUAUUGUACUCUUAUCGUCUGCAGUUACAGUUCCGCCGAAAGCUGUCUGCUAUGCUCCCAGCAGCUCAGUAGAUGUCCACCCCUUCAGACGCGGCAGGUGGAAUGUCACAUCCUGGCCCUUCGCCGGGGGCGGGUCUUUCCCCGGGGCCCAUCCUGGGCCCCAGCCCUGGACCGGACCCCUCACCGGGCUCUGUUCACAGCAUGAUGGGACCCAGCCCUGGACCUGGAACACCCAACGCCUCUCAUGGCAUGCAGGGACAGAGUGAAUACUCUCAGGAUGGCAUGUAUCACAAGACCAUGGAGGGGAUGAACGAGAAGAGCAUGGCAGACGCGAUGCACUUUGGCCACAUGAAAGGUGUGGGGAUGAGAUCUCUGCACAGCGGCAUGGGUCCUCCGCAGAGUCCAAUGGACCAGCACAGCCAAGGAUACAUAUCCCCCCACCCGUCCCCCAUGGGUGUCCAUGAGCACGCUUCUAGUCCCAUGUCAGGAGGUGGGGGGCCCACGCCGCCCCACAUGCCCCCCUCCCAGUCGGGCCCCAUGAUGCCCUUGGACCCCCAGUCCGCCGCUCCCAACAUGGGCCAGCAGCCUCGGGGACCUUCUGCCUUCAGUCCGGUGCAGCUGCAGCAGCUCAGAGCUCAGAUCCUGGCCUACAAGAUCCUCGGGCGGGGGCAACCCCUGCCUGAUAACCUCCAGCUGGCUGUUCAGGGCAAGAGGAGUCUACCCACAAUGCAGCAGCAGCAGCAGCAGCAGGCACCUAGCGCGAGCCCUUACAACAGGCCUCCAGGUAUGCCGAUGGCACCUCUGGGUGGCCCCCAGUCGAGUCCCUGCCCCACCCCCACCAUGCAAGGACACAACCAAAGCGCGGGCGCCAAGCCUUGGUCUGAUGGUCAGGUGGCUGAAAAUCAAGCCAACCCUCAGAAGCACCUCCCCCCCGCACCCAGCGGACGGCCGUCCCCGGCGCCGCCGCAGGCCUCGGCCCUGCCGGCCGGGCCCGUGCCGGGCGGCCCUGUGACCCCCCAGCCCCCGGGGCAGCAAGUGUCCCCCAUGCUCCAGAUGCAGAAACAGAACCGCAUCACGCCCAUCCAGAAGCCCCAGGGCCUGGACCCGGUGGGCAUCCUGCAGGAGAGGGAGUACAGGCUGCAGGCCCGGAUCGCGCAUCGCAUCCAGGAGCUGGAGAGCCUGCCGGGCUCGCUGCCCCCCGACCUGAGGAACAAAGCCACGGUGGAGCUCAAAGCGCUGCGUCUGCUCAACUUCCAGCGGCAGCUGAGGCAGGACGUGGUGGCGUGCAUGAGGCGAGACACGACCCUGGAGACGGCGCUCAACUCCAAGGCGUACAGACGCAGCAAGCGGCAGACGCUGAGGGAGGCUCGCAUGACCGAGAAGCUGGAGAAGCAGCAGAAGCUGGAGCAGGAGAAGAAGCGCCGGCAGAAGCACCAGGAAUACCUCAACAGCAUCCUGCAGCACGCCAAAGACUUCAAAGACUACCACCGCUCGAUGUCCGGCAAAAUGCAGAAGCUCACCCGAGCCAUCGCCAACUGGCACACCAACACGGAGCGCGAGCAGAAGAAGGAGACGGAGAGGAUCGAGAAGGAGAGGAUGAGGAGACUGAUGGCAGAAGAUGAGGAAGGCUACCGUAAGCUGAUCGACCAGAAGAAAGACAAGCGGCUGGCCUACCUGCUGCAGCAGACGGACGAGUACGUGGCCAACCUCACCACGCUGGUGUACGAGCACAAAGCGGCUCAGGCCGCCAAGGACAAGAAGAAGAAGAAGAAGAAAAAGAAGAAGGAGGUUGGAGACGGUGAAGGCACCAGCGCCAUCGGACCGGAUGGAGAGCCGCUGGACGAGAGCAGCCAGAUGAGCGAGCUGCCCGUCAAAGUCAUCCAGACGGAGACCGGCAAAGUCCUGCAGGGGACGGACGCUCCCAAGUCCAGCCAGCUGGAGGCCUGGCUGGAGAUGAACCCCGGGUAUGAAGUGGCCCCGCGGUCCGACAGCGAGGAGAGCGGCUCCGAGUUCGAGGAGGAGGAGGAAGAGGAGGGGCCCAAGGCGGACAUGGAGGACGAGAAGAUCAUCGACCCCAACGGAGUGGAAGUGUUUGUGACGGCCGCCAACAAAAUUAUCGAGUCGUCCAAGCAGGACGUGGACGACGAGUACAGCGUCCCCGCUGGACAGACCAGCUCCCAGUCGUCUUACUACGGCGUGGCGCACGCCGUCAUCGAGAGGGUGGAGAAGCAGUCGUCCCUGCUGAUCAACGGCACACUCAAACAUUACCAGGUUCAGGGGCUGGAGUGGAUGGUCUCCUUGUACAACAACAACCUGAACGGCAUCCUGGCCGACGAAAUGGGCCUCGGCAAAACCAUCCAGACCAUCGCCCUCAUCACCUACCUGAUGGAGUACAAGAGGAUCAACGGGCCCUUCCUCAUCAUCGUCCCCCUCUCGACUCUGUCCAACUGGUUGUACGAACUGGAGAAGUGGUCGCCCUCCGUGGUCAAAAUUGCCUACAAGGGGACCCCCGUGCUGCGCCGGGGGCUUGUGCCGCAACUCCGCAGCGGGAAGUUCAACGUCCUGCUGACCACCUACGAGUACAUCAUCAAGGACAAGAACAUCCUGGCCAAGAUCCGUUGGAAGUACAUGAUCGUGGACGAGGGCCACCGCAUGAAGAACCACCACUGCAAGCUGACGCAGGUGCUGAACACGCACUACGUGGCGCCGCGCCGCCUCCUGCUCACCGGCACGCCGCUGCAGAACAAGCUGCCCGAGCUGUGGGCGCUGCUCAACUUCCUGCUGCCCACCAUCUUCAAGAGCUGCAGCACCUUCGAGCAGUGGUUCAACGCCCCGUUCGCCAUGACGGGGGAGCGGGUCGACCUGAACGAAGAGGAGACCAUCCUGAUCAUCCGGCGUCUGCACAAGGUGCUCCGCCCCUUCCUGCUGCGCAGACUGAAGAAGGAGGUGGAGUCUCAGCUGCCGGAGAAGGUGGAGUACGUGGUGAAGUGCGACAUGUCGGCCAUCCAGAAGGUUUUGUACCGCCACAUGCAGAGAGGCAUCCUGCUCACCGACGGCUCGGAGAAAGACAAGAAGGGCAAAGGAGGAGCCAAGACCUUGAUGAACACCAUCAUGCAGCUGAAGAAGAUCUGCAACCACCCGUACAUGUUCCAGCACAUCGAGGAGUCUUUUGCUGAACACUUGGGCUUCCCAAGCAAUGUCAUCAGUGGACUGGAGCUGUAUCGAGCGUCGGGGAAGUUCGAGCUCCUGGAUCGCAUCCUGCCCAAGCUGCAGGCCACCAACCACCGGGUGCUGCUCUUCUGCCAGAUGACCACCCUCAUGACCAUCAUGGAGGACUACUUCGGCUACCGCAACUUCCAGUACCUGCGUCUGGACGGAACCACCAAGUCCGACGACCGGGCGAUGCUGCUGAAGAAGUUCAACGAGGAGGGAUCUCAGUACUUCAUCUUCCUGCUCAGCACCAGAGCCGGCGGCCUCGGCCUCAACCUGCAGGCCGCGGACACCGUGGUCAUCUUCGACAGCGACUGGAACCCGCACCAGGACCUUCAGGCUCAGGACCGCGCCCACCGCAUCGGGCAGCAGAACGAGGUGCGCGUGCUCCGCCUCUGCACCGUCAACAGCGUGGAGGAGAAGAUCUUGGCGGCCGCCAAAUACAAACUCAACGUGGAUCAGAAGGUCAUCCAGGCGGGCAUGUUCGACCAGAAGUCCUCGAGCCACGAGCGCCGGGCCUUCCUCCAGGCCAUCCUGGAGACCGAGGAGCAGAACGAGGAAGAAGAUGAGAUACCCGACGACGAAACCCUCAACCAGAUGAUCGCCCGCAACGAAGACGAAUUUGAGCUCUUCAUGCGUAUGGACAUGGACCGACGCCGCGAGGAGGCCAGGAACCCGAAGCGUAAGCCCCGUCUCAUGGAGGAGGACGAGCUGCCCUCCUGGAUCAUCAGGGACGAGGCCGAGGUGGAGCGGCUCACGUACGAGGAGGAGGAGGAGAAGAUGUUCGGCCGAGGGUCCCGCUGCCGCCGGGACGUCGACUACAGCGACACGCUGACUGAAAAGCAGUGGCUGCGGGCCGUCGAGGACGGGAACCUGGAGGAGAUGGAGGAGGAGAUCCGGCUGAAGAAGCGCAAACGCAAGAGACGCCCGGACAAGGACUUCUCGAGCAGAGACGACGGGGGCUCCAAGGCCAAGAAGAAACGUGGGCGUCCUCCAGCCGAGAAGCACUCGCCCAACCCGCCCAAGCUCACCAAGCAGAUGAACACCAUCAUCGACACCGUCAUCAACUACAGGGACGGGUCAGGAAGACAGCUGAGCGAGGUCUUCGUCCAGUUACCGUCCAGGAAGGAGCUCCCAGAAUACUACGAGCUGAUCAGAAAACCUGUGGACUUCAAAAAGAUCAAAGACCGCGUGAGGAACCAUAAAUACCGAGGAGUCGGGGACCUGGAGAGAGACGUGAUGCUGCUGUGUCACAACGCGCAGACCUUCAACCUGGAGGGCUCCCAGAUAUACGAGGACUCCAUUGUGCUUCAGUCCGUGUUCAAAAGUGCCCGGCAGAAGAUCGCCAAAGAUGAGGAGAGCGACGACGACAGCGAGGAGGAAGAGGAGGACGAGGACGAAUCGGAGGCCGAGGCCAAGUCGGUGCGGGUGAAGAUCAAGCUGGGUAAGGACAAGGGCAAGAAGAGGCAAAGCCGGGGGAAGGCCAAGCCGGUGGUCAGCGACGACGACAGCGACGACGACCUGGACGACAACGAUCAGUCGGACAGGAGCGACGACGACUGAGAGGACGUCGUUUGAAAAAAACGACAGUAUGUUCCAUCGCCGUCGUUCAGGUUCAUAGUCUGUAUUUUCAUUCAUUUUUACUUUAUUUGUACUUUUUGUGUAUCUGUUGUGUGUUUUGUCGCACCUUCUCCUACCAGCUUAGAAAUGUGUUACUAAUAAUCGAUAAGCUACAGCAAUACCAGUCUGCUUAUAUUGACAAUUAUAUGACAAUUUUUUUAGUAUAUUUUUUAACUCCUGCUUUUAAAGCUGAUUCAAAUUCUGUAUGAAAAACAAUGAAGAGAAAAACGAUUUGGUCGUCUCAUCCGCGCUUCUGCUUGAUUUGUACCUGCUUGCUUGCACUUUUAGGAAAUUAAAUAUUAACAUUCAAAUUUAAAAAAAUGUGUUAUAAAAACAUAAUUUGGAGAACCACUAGCGAUAAAAAAAAGGCAAUCAUUAGAGUUAGGAAUUUUUGGAUUCAUCUUUGUAACUUGCAGUGCCAAAUGUUUGAGAAAUUGAUUGUUUGCUAAACCCCUCCCCCAACCAGCCAUUGUCCAAUCACAGCCAAGCACAGUCUGACUUUCAAGUUGAGCUUUAGAUUUCUUUCAAUUCACAAAGAUAAUUUAAUUAAUCUGCUCGAAGGUUAACGGCAAAUGUUUGAUUGUCCAUUUUAAACAAUCUCACCCAAAUAUGUGUUUGUCCUGAAUAACAACACAUGCUGGAGAGACCUAAAGCUGCCAACAUCAGUCAGCUCAGUUAGCUAGCUGCUGGCUAGCUUUAGCUCAGGUAGCUCCUGGCUAGCUUUAGCUCAGGUAGCUAGGUGCUGGAUAGCUCUAGCUCAGGUAGCUCCUGGCUAGCUUUAGCUCAGGUAGCUGCCGGCUAGCUCUAGCUCAGGUAGCUGCUGGCUAGCUUUAGCUCAGGUAGCUCCUGGCUAGCAUUAGCUCCGGUAGCUGCUGGCUAGCUUUAGCUCAGGUAGCUCCUGGCUAGCAUUAGCUCAGGUAGCUGCUGGCUAGCAUUAGCUCAGGCUAGCUUUAGCUCCGUUAGCUAGGCGUACCAACUGUAACUAUGAAGCAAACAUUCAAAUCAGAGAGUGUAAAACUUUUUUCUUUGUAUAUUCGAGCCAGCACAACAGAACGACAGUUGUUGCUUGAUGACUUAAGCGAUUCCUUGAGGUGACUAUAAAUUAAACUAUAAAUUCUUUUUUUAAACACCGCUUUUAUUAAGAGAAGCGUAACCUCACUUCAUGUUGGUGAGUCCAUGUGUGUCAUGUAUCCUUUCCUAUGAUGUGUUGAAGUUGUUGUGUAUCGGAGCCGAUGCUCCGGACUUUGUCGUAAUCGUUUUCUUUGUGGUUUUAUUCUCUGAGAAACCGGACAGAGGGAAACAUCUUGUUUUGCGGAAUAAAACCGGCAUCCGUCGAAGCUAAAACGUGGCUCUUUACAGCGUCUGGAAACAGGUCUUUGUACAGACCAUUAAAAACGGUAAACAACAGAUAAUGUUACAAUGAAAAGUGUUGUGGGAUUGAAACAUGUAACUUGAAUGACACAUUAAGCAGAGCAGUUUUUUUAACAAUGUAUUGAUUUAUGAUUUAAUUGGAUUGAGGUCUUUGUAUUUCUGUUUUAGUUUUGAGCCCACAUUUUAUUUGUUUGUAUUUCAUUUGUAGCAUGAACGUUUUUGGCAAUAUAUUGUGAACAUGCAGAUAUAAAUCUUUUUUUUGUUUGGUGUGACAUGUGCUUGCCGACUCUCCAUAAGUGUGACUUAAUCUUUGCUUUCUUUGCACAGUGUCUUUGUGGUAUCUCAUAGCCCAGGGCAAAUAAAAUCUCACCGAUUUUCUGCACAAAAAA